AUGGACUGUGCCUUUGACAAGCUGGAUGCGGCUGGUUUCUUGGAAAUCUGGCAGCACUUUGAUGCAGACGACAAUGGCUAUAUUGAGGGCAAAGAGCUGGAUGCGUUUUUCCGUCACAUGAUGAAGAGACUGGGGCCACAGGACAAAGUGACUGAAGAGCGAGUCCAGAGGGUGAAGCAGAGGUUCAUGUCAGCAUACGAUGUCUCUGCUGAUGGCAAACUGCAGAUCCAGGAGUUGGCUCACAUGAUUCUACCUGAGAAGGAGAACUUCUUGUUAAUCUUCCACAGAGAAGCGACCCUUGACAAUAGUGUCGACUUCAUGCAGAUCUGGAGGAAAUAUGACGUGGACUGCAGUGGCUACAUUUCAGCUCAGGAGCUGAAGGCUUUCCUGAAAGACCUGUUCAAACAGCAUGGAAGGAAAGUGUCACCUGACAAGCUGGAGGAGUACACUGACACAAUGAUGAAAAUCUUUGACAAGAACAAGGAUGGCCGUUUGGAUCUGAACGACUUGGCCAGGAUCUUGGCUUUAGAAGAGAAUUUCCUACUUCAGUUCCAGUUGGACGCUGGCAGUAAAGAGGAGAGGAAGCGUGAUUUUGAGAAGAUUUUCGAUCAUUAUGACAUUAACAAGACUGGAGCAUUGGAGGGUGCAGAAGUGGAUGGCUUUGUCAAAGACAUGAUGGAACUGGUCAGGCCCAACCUCACGGGUCCCGAUUUAGAUAAGCUGCGAGGUGUUUUGCUGCGUCACUGUGACGUCAACAAGGACGGAAAGAUUCAGAAGAACGAGCUCUCGCUGUGCCUGGGAGUGAAGCAGACACCUUAG